UUCAUAUAUUCCGCCCUUAAAGAAGAGGAACGCAUCCGGAAGAGUACAUCCUUGUUUUUUAACCUUAACGUGUUCUUACUCAGUCAAACAACUGUCGAUAAAGACUUUUAGCCACAACGUUCGAAGAUCCACCUACCUACUAACCUGCCAUGGCUGAACCCAAGUCCAUGGAGUCCCCAGGUUCUGGCUGUGGCCUUCCAGCCCAGAGAAGUUCACAGCAGGGUCCAGAGAUGGUGUCAGUGAAGCUGGAAGACUGCAGUCAAACACUGGAACUCAAUGUGAUUGUCAAAGAGGAAGAAGAGGAGACAGAAAUCCAAGAAGAGGUGGAGGAGAGAGCAGUCAAAGAAGAAGUGGAGGAAAGAGCAGUCAAAGAAGAAGAGGUGGAGGAAAGAGCAGUCAAAGAAGAAGAGGUGGAGGAAAGAGCAGUCAAAGAAGAAGAGGUGGAGGAAAGAGCAGUCAAAGAAGAAGAGGUGGAGAACAGGGAAGUGUCUGCUCCAGAUCUAGAGGAAGAGGAGGAAGUAGAUAGUAUCACUGACCCAGGUAAGUUCAGGAGAGAGCUCCAACCCAGGUUCAGACAGUGA